AUGGCUCAGUACGAUAACGUUGUGAGAGGUCCAUUGAAACUUAAAACGGAGGCGAAAAUUGCCAAACCGAAGAAGCACAAGAAGCAUCGCAAAGAGGAUGCCAAGGAAGUGUGUGCAGCGGAAAUCGUCCCAGCUGAUAAGGAGCCCGUUCUUACGAGGACCGCAGCUGAGAUAGAAUGUGAGAGGAAGAGGGUAAUGCGAUUGAUGGAUACAAUUUUGAGGAGGGCUGAGAAAUCUCACAAGCAAAGGAUAAUGGAAUUUAACGAACAGAUGGAUUCAAUGAGUGAGCAUUUUGACAUCCCCAAGGUGUCCUGGACGAAAUAG